AGCUUGAUCAAUCAAGCAACCAUGACCCAGUGGACUUUCAUCCGAUCCGAUAACGGCGGAAUCCGCAAUGUGGCGGCUUGGAAUGUUUCCAACGCGCAGGGGUUGUCUUAUCUGAUCCAGCUUGCAUGGCCUCUCAGCUGGACUAGUUUAGAUGUCUCGGCUAAGGCCAACCUACUCUACCUGGUCGACGGCAACGCCGCGUUUGGGACUGCGUCGGAUGCCGUUCGUCGUCGGCGACCUGUUUCAGACAAUGAGUCGGAGACGAUCGUCGUCGCGAUUGGCUACCCCUUGACCGACAGAGUGUACAGUCCUCGAAGGACGGUAGACUUGACCCCACCUUGCAAGACAUAUGUUCCCCCGAACGGACCUGAUGGCCAGCCCCGAUUUGAGCCCUACGGCGGAGCGGACCACUUUCUGCUCUUCAUCAAGAAGACUGUCGAGCCCUUCGUCUUGUCGUCGAUAUUCCCUAACGUGACGACGGUUCGGACGGCGCUGUUCGGUCAUUCUUACGGGGGCCUCUUCGCGUUGCACGCCUUGUUCACGCAACCGGAGUGGUUCGACACCUACCUGGUGGCAAGCCCGUCGAUCUGGUGGAGCGACAGGUUCAUAUUGACGGAAGAGGCCGGGUUCUAUGACCACCCCAAUCGUCACCGUCUGCCCAGAGUACGUAUUUCGUAUGGAUCGCAGGAGCAAUUUCCGGCGCGUCGACGGGGCGAAUCGCAGGAGCAGUACGAGCGACGCCAAAGGGGUGCUGGGCAGCGUCGCAUGACAGACAACUGUCAAGAAUUGUAUGAGAGACUGGUGUGUAGUGGCCGAGUGGUGUGUGAAAAGAGGGAGUAUUUGGAUGAGGAUCAUGGAAGUGUCAUUGCUCCCGCCUUGAGUGGAAGCAUUCUAUUCUUCCUUGACUCGAUUGAGGGGAAUUAAAGGGGAAUCCGUCAUGCAUGAGUUAUUUUCCCGAUUCAGGCAUACUCUACGACGGGUGCAGCGGUCGGUGCUGGGUAUGUCGGAAGAUCGGAAUUGGAUGCUGUUUGUGGGGAAUCGAAAGGGUAGGG